GGAAGGAGUCGUUUGUGUUGCUGACGUGUCAACCACUAACCAAGACAACCAAGACAACCAAGACAACGACAGACAGAGCAACGAGAAGCGCUGACGAGUUAGGGAAGAUGAUGAGGACAGGCGCUGUUGGUGUUGCUGCAGCGGCCACCAUGGCUGUGCUGGCGCUGGCCAGCAUGGGCCGCGUGGCUGCCGCAGCCUCGGACGUGAUUGAGCUUGACCCCACCUCCUUUAACAAGAUGCUGUCCAGUGACGACAUUUGGAUGGUCGAAUUCUACGCGCCUUGGUGUGGCCACUGCCAACGCCUGGCGCCGGAGUGGAGCAAGGCCGCAACGGCCCUCAAGGGCGUGGUGAAGAUGGGCGCUGUGGACAUGACCAAGCACCAGUCUCUCGGUGGCCCGUACAACGUCCAAGGCUUCCCCACAAUCAAGGUCUUUGGUGCCAACAAGAAGUCCCCCAGUGACUACAACGGUGCGCGCACGGCGCAGGCGCUGGUGGAUGCGGCGCUCAAGGAAGUGCGCAGUACGGUGACGUCCCGCCUGAACGGCGGCUCACGGCGCAGCAAGUCGUCGUCCGGCUCUGGCUCUGGUUCUGGCUCUGGCGGCAAGGGUGCUGUUGUGGAGCUCACAGAGUCCAGCUUCAACAAGGACGUGCUUGGCAGCGACGACACGUGGCUGGUUGCCUUUGUUGCUCCCUGGUGCGGCCACUGCCAGCGGCUGAAGCCCGAGUGGGCCAAGGCGGCUGCAGAGCUCAAGGGCGAGGUGAAGCUGGGCCAGGUUGACGCCACCGUCCACACCCAGCUCGCAAGCCGCUACGGUGUUCGCGGAUAUCCAACCAUCAAGGUGUUCCCUGGUGGUGCAAAGAGCGGAGAGGCGGAGGACUACACGUCACAGCGCGACGCCGCGUCCAUCGUGCAGUUUGCGCGUAACCUGGCCCAGGCCAACAAGCCGCCACCAGAGGUGAAGCAGGUCACAGACGAAGACGUGUUCACCUCCCACUGCACCGACCACCAGAUUUGCUUCAUCUCCUUCCUCCCGGACAUCCUGGACACGGGCGCUUCGGGCCGCAACGACCUCAUCGCCGUGCAGACGUCGCUUGCCGAGCGCUACAAGUCCCGCCCCUUUGGCUGGGUCUGGGCCGUUGGUGGCCAGCAGCCAGCGCUGGAGCGCGCGUUUGAUGUCGGCGGCUUUGGCUACCCUGCCCUUGCUGCCUUUAACAGCAAGAAGAAGAAGUUUGCUGUCCUUCGCGGCGCCUACACGGAGGACUCCAUCAAGGAGUUUGUCAACUCGCUCGUUGCCGGGCGCGUGCCGACGGCUGCUGUGAUUGGCGGGGAGGUGCCACAGGUGACCGCAAUCACCGCCUGGGACGGCAGUGACGCCCCCGAGGAGACGUUUGAGGACGAAAUCGACCUCUCCGAGCUCGACGACAUUGACCUUGAUGAGUUGGACGACACCAACACGGCCGCAAAGGACGAGCUCUGAUGACGACGAGCCUUUGUCGUGUCACACAUACACAACAGCCGUGACUUCUUUCCUCGCUUACUGCAAACGCACACACACACGUACACAACACACACACACACACACACACACGUUGUCUGCGUCUCUCUUGUGUUCUGUUUGGGAGAAAGUCGUUCUGCCAACAUUCGCCAACCAACCAUCUCCAUCUCAACCACCGCGUACAACUUGCAAACAAUACAACCAGAUUGCUUCCUC